AAAUCGAUUAAACGCACCCUUGGUUGUAUAUAAGGCGUGUAUAAAACCGUACUUCUCAUAGAUCACGUAGAUUGUGUAGAAGCUUACUUGUUAUUAAUAUUCCACACAUCCAUUCGUCUCUCUACUAUUUGAAAAAGAAAUCUGAAGUGUAAAACCCCUUUUCCACAUUCCUGGAUACAUCUCUGACAGCAAUCAUGAGUGAUCAGGACAACGCCCUCUUAAGGCGGUCUAAGGAUGCAGCUGGAGCCAAGAUAGAUGAGUCCGCUGCAGCCUUGCAUGAACUUAGCAAGGACAUCUGGACUCACCCAGAGUUAAACUUUGAGGAACACCAUUGCCAUGCUAGCCUGACAGACUUUCUCGAACGGGAAGGCUUUGAGGUCACGAGGAACUUCCAUCUCGAGACAGCAUUUAAGGCUACAUAUGGGACCGAUGGUGGUGUCCAUGUUUGUGUUAUCUGCGAGUACGAUGCUCUUCCUGAGAUUGACCACGCCUGUGGACACCCCUUGAUCGCUGAGUCUGGAGCAGGCGCAGGGCUAGGGAUCAAAGCCGCACUCGAGCUGGCCGGUGCACCAAAAGGAAGGGUCACAGUCAUGGGUACCCCUGCCGAAGAGGGCGGAGGCGGGAAGAUUAAAAUGAUUGAAGCAGGAGCAUUUAAAGGAAUAGAUGUCGCUCUGAUGGUACAUCCCUACCCGCGUAAUGUAUCCCGACCAGUCAUUCUGUCUUGUACAACGAUGGAUAUAACGUUCACUGGUCUGGCAUCACACGCAUCGUCAUGCCCGUGGGAGGGCGUGAAUGCUUUAGAUGCGGCUGUCAUGUGCUAUCAAAACAUCUCUGUCAUGAGACAACAGCUGAAACCAGAGUGGAGGGUCCAUGGUAUCAUUAUGAAGGUUGGCGACAUUCUCAGUAUCAUACCCGAGGAAUGUCAGAUGAGCUUCUAUUUAAGAACGGUAGACAGCGUUGACAUGCCCACACUCAAGGAAAAGAUCGGCGCGUGCGCAAAGGGAGCAGCAACAGCGACGGGAUGCGAGGUAAAGUACUCUUUUGGAAGCGACUACGCCAAUUUGGUCCCCAACGAUACAUUGGCGUCAGUGUACGAGCGUCAGCUUACGGAUCUCUCCAUCGACUACUCAACCAGUGAAGUGACGUUCUCUACCGAUAUGGGGGAUGUGUCGUACGUGGUUCCAAGCAUCCAUCCCUUGUUUUACAUAGGCACUGAAGCUGCUAAUCACUCAAGGGAAUUUAAUACUGCAACAGGUGCUGACGAAGCUCAGAAGCCAACGCUAGCUCAGGCUAAGGCCAUGGCUUUCACGGGUCUCGAACUGAUGCAGCCUGGUAACAGCCAUCUCUUAGACAAAAUCAAGAAGGAAUUUAACGACAAAGUAGCCCCUAAAUAAUGAUCGAUGCAAGAAGAUCAGAACCGGUGUACGAUUCAAUUCAUCAGUAAAAAAAAUUGAGGACUUUACUCAGUUUUCGGCAUAAGUAGAAUACUUAGCUGGGAUAAAUGCUAAGUAAAACAUUGUCACAAUUCAAGACAGUGUUGAAUUGAAUACGGGCCCUGACCAGUGAAAUCAGGGACGGGUUCAGGGAAGGUGGUAAUUAAAGGGGCAAGUGCCCUCUUUAUUUGGAGGGUAGCGCCCAUAGCAAGGUUUUCAUAUUAUCUUGACAACAACAACAAGUUGAUGUUAAUGAUAAUAAUAAUGAGGGACAAGAGUGGUCAGAAUCUUAUAUAAUUGGAAGAGAUUCUAAACGGGAAGGGUAAAGAGAGAGCUAGAGCUCGUCUAAUAUAGAAAGAAGAAAAAACGAAUAGGAGAGAAGAGAAAAGUAAGAAAGAUUUAUUCCAAAACAAGGGAAGAAAGAAAAGGGAACUGAGAACAGCUAGAGAAGAAGAGAGAGAUCGACUAAGGAAUAAGAUAGGAGGGAGAAAACAGGGGAAUGCAAUGAAAACAUAACAUGAGGUAGAGAAAGAGACUGUAAAUAUUUCUUUAUUUGAAUGCUAAGCACGCAUUAAAGGGUAAGGCAUCAAACAGUGGCUGUUUAUAUUCUGGCAAGCAAAACUUUUGAGAUAAGCCUGAUAGUGUGUUGUCUCCACGUUCAUCCCCAUAUACUCAAUUCUGCUCUACCGGAAAGCACUGAAUUAAUUCUCUAUAUAGUGAGCAACUAAAAUCCCCUAGUUUGGUGCAACCAAGCUAGCAAGGUUCUUAGUAUUAAAGUUUUUGUGAAUACCAAUUCAGUUGGCAAAUUAAUAGUUGGCAACUCGACAUAAACAAAUAUAAAAAACUGUCCAGGGCACACGAAUAAUUAUGUAAAUUAACCAAUUUUAUACCAAUGUACUUAAUUUCCAUUUAUUUCAUCCACGUCUAUGCCACAAGAAGGCACACAAGGGCUAGUUCCAAACUAGUUGAGGUAGUUAGCUACUUCAUAGUUAAUAAUUAGAGAUUUUAGUUGGCCACUAGAGUCAGUUAUCAACUAGCUUAAUAAGUGUUAUGAAUAUGGCCUCAGCGUUCUACGUCUGUUUCUAUCUUUCUUUAAUAGCAACUCGCUCUCUCCUUUUCUUUGUUUUUUAUCCAUAAUCUCGGUUUCUACUCAUACUAUAUUUGUCAUCAUUUUGUAUUAUGAUAAUCAUAUAUUUGAAAUACAUGUGUUUCAUUUUAGUUUACAUAAUGUAUGAGAAGUUUUGACCGAAU